UUGGAUCAACGCUACGACACUGCCGUUGGCGCUUCGCAUCAACGCUGUGACACUGCCGUCGGGGUUUCGGAUCAUUGCCCUGUCCGCCAAUGUUUAUCCUCUGCGUCGUGGCUGCCGGACAACGCCGCGACCCUGCCGUCGAAGCUGCUGUACCACACCGCAACCCUACCAUCGGGGCUUGUCGACCAACGCCGCGAUCCUGCCGUCAGUGCUUCGCAUCAACGCUGCGACACUGCCGUCGGGGCUUGCGAUCAACACCGCGACCCUGCCGUCGGGGCUGGCGGUCAAAGCCGCGACCUUGCCGUCGAGGCCGGCGAUCAACGCCGCGAACCUGUCGUCGGGGCUGGCGAUCAACGCCGCGACCCAGCCGUCUGGGCUGGCGAUCAACGCCGCGACCCUGUCAUCGGGGCUGGCAAUCAACGCCGCCACCCAGCCGUUGGGGCUAGCGAUCAACGCCGCGACCCUGCCGUCGGGGCUGGCGAUCAACGCCGCGACCCUGCCGUCGGGGCUGGCGAUCAACGCUGCGACCCUGCCGUCGGGGCUGGAAAUCAACGCUACGACCCAGCCGUCGGGGCUGGCGAUCAACGCCGCGACCCUGCCGUCGGGGCUGACGAUCAACGCCGCGACCCUGCCGUCGGGGCUGACGAUCAAUGGUGCAACCCUGCCAUUGGGGCUGGCGAUCGACGCCGCGACCCUGCCGUCGGGCUGCCAGCUCAACGCCGCGACCCUGCCGUCGGACUGCAAGCCAACGCCGUGACCCUGCCGUCGGGCUGCCAGCCAACGCCGCGACCCUGCCGUCGGGCUGCUAGCCAACGCUGCGACCCUGCCGUCGGGCUGCCAGCCAACGCCGUGUGCCGGUGGGCUGCCAGCCAAUGCCGCGACACUGCCGGCGGGCUGCCAGCCAACGUCGCGACACUGCCGUCGGGCUGCCAGUUAACGCCACGACACUGCCGUCGGGAUUGCCGGCCAAUGCCGCGAAACUGCCAUCGGGGCUGCUGGACAACGCCGCGCCAUUGCCGUCGGGACUGCCGGCCUAUUCCACGAAACAGCCAUUGGGGCUGCCGGACAACGCCGCGACUCUGCCGUCGGGCUGCCAGCCAACGCCGCGACCUUGUCGUCGGGGUGCCAGCCAACGCCGCGACCCUGUCGUCGGGCUGCCAGCAAACGCCGCGACCCUGCCGUCGGGCAGCCAGCCAACGCCGCGACCCUGCCGUCGGGCAGCCAGCCAACGCCGCGACCCCGCCGGCGGAGGGCAGCCAACGUCGCGACACUGCCGUCGGGUCUGGCGGUCAACGUCACGACACCGCCGUCGGGUCUGGCGGUCAACGCUGCGACACUGCCGUCGAGGCUGGUGGUCAUCUCCGCGAAACUGCCGUCGGGCUGCUGGCCAACGACGGGGCUGCCAGCUAA